AUGACCCCCAAAGCAAACACCAGCCAAAAGCGCAAACGCAUCCCCACCAAAGGAAAAGAAACCAAAAAACAGCGCAAGAGGAAGACCACCACCCUCAAAACCACCGCACCAUCAUCCCCGGACACCCAAAGCCACGCCACUACACCACCUCGAACCCCAACAGCCCCCCCCUCAUUCUUCCUCGAAACCCUCUCCACCAAGGACAAAGCCGCCCACACUCGCCUACAGCAGCAGAUCCUUGCCGAAACCGAAAUCCUACACGUCUACCUCCGCAGCCUCCGCAACCAGCUCACGCAACCGCUCUCCCGCGAGGCACAGUACGCGAUCUGCAAAGCCAACGCCAAGGCCAUCGCAGCGCAGUAUGCGAUUCUGGGCGACCUAGAAACGGAUCUGGAGUAUUUCGGACGGAGCGUCGAGCUGCAUGCGCUGGAUGAGGCUGCCGCGGUCAAGAAGGAGAAAACUGGAGAGCUGAUCUCGUCGAAUCCGACCUGGGCGGAGGUGGUCGCAGCAUGGGGCCAACCGGUCGCGGAUCGUGUGCGGCGCGACACGCACUCCGGUCACUUUUGUACGUACCUGGCUUGGUUUGCAAAGCGGGGGUUUGAGUGGAAGACCGUCGCGAAUCUGCUGGCGACGGCCGUGAUCAACCGGCUGGACGACUCGCGGCGUCCGAGUUGGCUGGCGCUGCUGACGGUGGACGCGGUCUACGCGAAGAAGGAGAUCCCGCGGCCUGCGCCGGUGCUGGCGGCGAAGGAUGUCCUACGGGUGGGGUGUCGGUUGGAUCGGUUUGGGUUGCUGGUGCCGAUGUCAGUGGAGGAGAGGGAGUGGGCGCGGUUUUUGUGA